UGUCCUGCAGUGUCUGUCCUGCAGAAACACACACACUCACUGAGGACUCAGACUCGCGCACAUGUCAAGAAAUGAAGCCCACGUUUCUCUUCCUGCUCCUCAUUUGGUUCGCAGCUGCAGAGCUGAAGCCCCGGAAAGUCUCCGGGGUGGUUUGCACCUUCAAGGAUAAGAGCUACAGCCCUGGAGACAGCUGGCAUCCCUACCUGGAGCCCUUUGGCUUCAUGUUCUGCAUGCGCUGCGUCUGCUCAGAGACAGGCCAUGUGAAAUGUAACACGAUCAAGUGUCCAGCCCUGUCCUGUGAGAACCCGGUGUCCGAGCCCCAGCAGUGCUGCCCGAGAUGCUCAGAUCAGCCCAGGACCCCUGCAGGGCUGCGGGCUCCGGCCAGAUCCUGCAGGUACAACGGGAGCGUGUUCCAGCCCGGGGAGACCUUCACCAAGCAGGACCUGUUCCCGUCCCGGCAGAGCAACCAGUGUGUUCUCUGCACGUGUUCUAAUGGAAACAUCUUCUGUGCCCUGAAAACGUGCCAGCCCAUCACCUGCUCCUCGCCAGCCCCGCUUCCAGAAACCUGCUGUUUGGUGUGUAAAGAUCACGGCUCCAGCAGCGGGUCCUCGUCAAACGAGGAUGGAAGCCAGCAGCUGAACAGAGGCGUCAGGCAUUCAGUGGACCAGUGCUCGGCGGAGCGGGGCAGGGCGCGGUCGGACCGUGCCACUCCGCCCAGGGUCAAGACUCCCUCCAGAGGCCUGAACCUCAGCAAGCUCAACCUCAAAGGGGCUUCGGAGACCACUGUGAAGAUUCUGCUGCAGAGGAAACACCAAAGAGCGUGUUUAUACAAUGGCAAGACAUACUCUCAUGGAGACAUGUGGCACCCAGUUUUGGGGAAGGUGCUGGAAUGCAUCCUGUGCACUUGUAGCGACGGCCUCCAGGACUGCAAGCGCAUCACGUGCCCCAGCCAGUACCCCUGCCAACAUCCCAUGAAACUAGCGGGAAAGUGCUGCAGGACUUGUCCAGAGACCAAAGCUGAAAGUAACCAGACCCAUUGCCUUCUGGGAUAUAAAAGUAACCUGCUGGUGUAUAAAGUGGACUCGUCCCUGAGCGUCGACUCGCCCAACACAGUCAGGAUCAUCGCUGUCGAAAGGCAGAGCACGGCCGAGGUCGAAGUGCAAGUGUGGAACACGGUGGAAGGAGUUUUGCAGCUGAUGGAUAUCGGCGACGUUCAAAGAAAAGACAUCAUGGAUCAUCCUGAAAAUUACACACUGCUCACAACACUCAGUGAAGAGACAUGGAAGAAAUUUAAAGAGGAGGGAGGAAACCUGGGCAAGGCUCCACAGAUCACUGUUUGUGAGGACGGCAUUCGGGAGAUGGUGACUUUCCUAAAUCCGAAGCAAACCGACGGCCUGUGCACGCCCUGAAGCUCCCUCUGUAUAUCAGUGCUGCCAAAAUCAACAUGGCUGACCUAUGUACUAAAUGCAUACGUGUUGCACUUGGACGUCAUUCCCGUAAGUGGAAUUUCUCAUUUAUAUAUCUAUUUUUUUAAUCAUUUAACUGUCCAUCAUGUUUUAAGCGUCACGUAUUUCAGCUGAGCUAAAAACAGAAAAAAGGAAAUACAAAUUAAAAUACUAAUAUGGAGCCUUGAUCUAAAAUGCUCCUCAUCCACAUUUAAAUGUGUUUAAACUUAAAAACAAAACAAGAUUUGUAUGUUUGAAUGUAUUUGGACAAGAGGUCACAUUUUAUUAAGAAUAUUAAAAGUUUUUUAAAGAACGGUUUCAUCUUCAAAAUGCUUACUGUAAAUACAAGUUGGUGUUUUCUCAUCUUAUUUAAAGAGUAUUCAUGCUUUCUUUAUGUUUGUGUAAAUACAUUCCAGUGUUUGAAUGGAUUUACUGUCUUUUGGGGAUAAAUACACAAUUUCU